CUCAUUCGCCAGUAGGUCAAUAAAAGGACGGUUGAUGAAACCCAACCCCUCCUCCUUCGUGGAGGAUCCCAACAUUGAAACCUGCCGCAUUCUCACUUCCUUCCGAUCCCAAAUGGCUACUCAAGUAACUGCGAAGUUGGAGUUCCCCAGUAGCGGUCAGUUCAAAGCUGCCGACAUUCGCAACAAACCAACAGUCUUCCCCGGCAUCACAAAUGAAGAGACAUCUCAGGCCAUUGCUGAUCAAAUGAACAACGCCAAAGACCUUGUGCUCCGUUAUAACAACAUCAUACUCACGUAUGACAAUGCUAAUCACACUAGUCAGACCGGCAGGUGCAUAGAUUUAUACAAUACUCAGGACGUUUCGACUGACCCGUCUUAUUUAGUGGAGGUUUUCCAAAACAAAGAAAUGCUGUUGGAUGCAAACACCGUCCAAAAACUGAAGGACGACCUAGGACACGAGCAUCAUGUCAUCAAAACAUUGGCCACAGAGUACGGUCUUCCAGUCUCAAAGCAGGCGGUUCAAAAAGCCAAGGACUACGUUGAUGGUAUGCAGGCGACAACAACCGCCACCACGCUAACGAUCCGCGUUUCCCGUAAGUCCCAUCUGAAGGAAUCACAGUUGCUCUCCACGUCCUAAUGCACAACGCUCCUAGGCCAAGUUUCUGCUUCCCACAAUGUUAGCGUUUCGUAGACUAUUUGCAGUGUAGUGCUGAACUAAGCAAGCGAUCUUCCAUUGGGGGGAAUGUUCGUUGUGUCUCGUGGUGGACCGAUUAUACCAGUCAGAACGAUUACACCGUUUUCAAGAAGUUCCCCAGUAGGGAGCUCACCUUUUUUUUCUGAAAAAAAAGAUACACUCUUCAUCCUAAAAAACUUUUGUGAAAAAGGUAUAAUUUUUCUAAUUUGGUUGUAUACGGCUGAGGAGCGAC